AUGCUUAUCAUCAGCAGCAACAGCAACAGCAACAGCUCGCGAAUUGAAAUGCCUCCCUUGGACGCUCUGGCUUGUGUAGCCAAUGCUAACUCUAUCGGUUUGGCCGGUCUAGCAGGACCAUCAUUCAAUGUUGCCCACCCCAAACGGCAGCCGCAGCCCGAAACUCAACCUCAACCUAGCCCAGAGCAACUACCUGAGGAAGAGGAUAAUGUAAAACGGGAGCAAAAACGGGAGCUCGAUCUCAUUGCCCAAGCUAUUUUGAAUCGUUUGCGUCCAAGGCCACAGGAAAAACCCGAGCACGAACCCGAAUCGAAGCCUAAGCAGGAGCCUGUUAGCAAUCCAUGGCAAAGUCGCCCAAAUAGCCAGCCAAAACCGGCGCCAGAACCAGAACCAGAAGCACCAGUGGAUUCAGAGCUAGAAGCUGUCCGCAAUCCAUGGCAAAACCGCCCGCAGGGCCAUCUUAAACCUCAACCACAACCAGAACCAGAGCAACAAUCCGAACAAGAGCCUGGACGCAAUUUAUGGCAGAGUCGUCCACAGAGACAACCAAAACCUGAAUUGGAGCCUCAGCCAGCGUCGGAGCAAGAGUCCGAAGAAUCCGUACGAGAAUCAUGGCUACAUCAUCUUGCUUUUGUACCACAUCUUCCACAUAGACAACCAAGACCAGAGCAAAAAGAAGAAGACGAACGUUCAGCUGAGUCGGUCAAUGCUGGAG